UGCCUAAUCGGGCGACUGAGGCGUCUACAUUGCAACGCUACGAUCUCCGUUGCGCCAAUGACGAUGCUCGAGUGAGAACGUGCUUGUAUAGUGGCCAUACAGCAGCUCAAAGCAGUAGAUGGUCGUAAGUCACAAGCAAACUCCAAGACGGUCGUGUAAUUCACCGACUUCUUGUAGCAAGAUCACCAACGAACCCAAAAUGCAUUUUGCUACGAGUUUUACUAUUCUGGCAGGCGCCGUUAUGGCCUGGCAGGGCUUCAACGACCCAAGCUCCCAUUUGCCAAUCAGCGCUAAUGACACGCGGUGGACAGACGCCGUCAAGCGGUCUGACAGUACCGCCAUUGUCAGUUUCUUUGACCGCGACGUCACAGCGGCGUUUCCUGGAACGCACAUCUUCGGCUGGGUGAUUAAGCUGACUUCGGUCAGCUUGGCACCACACCAGAUGGCCUGGGACUUGAAGCUUGUGGCGCCGCAGACGUCCAUCUCGAAUGCACCAAAGGACGCUGACAAGAAAACUGUCGAUGACAAGGCGAAUGGCCAGAUUGUUGCCGCCACAGAUGACUGGGCUGCGUGUGCGCUUGUGUCUUGGGGCAGCGGCAGCUUAGAUCCCAAGACGUUUCCUAAGGAUGCGCCGACUGAUCAGAAGGGUGUCUGCAGCGCGUGGCUGCCCAAGGAGUGUAUCUCGGCGCUGGAGAAUUCAGCGACGGCGCCGUUCAAGAUGUUUACAUCUGAAAAGGUUACGAACGGUGGUCUGGGUCGUAGGGUCUGCGCGGCGCCGGAGCUGCCAAAGGCGUGUGAGGGCCUCGGGCUGAACUUUACAUCUGCUCACCAGAUCACCGACUUGCCACUUCGCUAUCUAAGCGGUGCAACCACUCGAUCGCAUGGCUGGGAGCUUGGGGGAUCAGGCAAGAACAACUUGUCGGCAGCCGACGCCCCCAAAAUCUGGACGGCGCUAAACAGACACUAUGUUGCUGUCUUGACUACAUUUGGGCAAUAUAAAGAGGAUGACACGGUGCCUGGAUAUACCAAGCUUAGCUGUCUUCGUGCGGCAGAGAGCCCGCUGCAUAACGCCGCUGCGCCCGCGAUGCGCUUCUCGAUCGCAGGAGGUGUGCUUGUGGUGGGUGUCAUGUUGCUGAACGCAUUUUAACAUAGAAUAUGAAAUGGUGUAUGGGGCGGUAUUUUGUUUUGCAAUUUUGGUAUAACUUAUUUUAUCAUUAUUCUUUUUGGCAUGUUAGACGGUCGGGCGGUAGACGGUGUAGAGGACUCUUCAGACGAUGCAUAUG